AAUAAUUAGUAAUUAUCAUGUUACAAUUUUCCGGAUCUAUUGUGUUCUCAAUGUUUUUACAAUUUCUUUUCUCAAUUUCUUUUAUUAUUUUCCAUUCAUGUGAAGCUUUUACCUGUCCCGAUAAAGGUAAAACUGGAGCAUCUCAAGUUCCUCUUAUAACAUCACUUGUUGCCCAUCAAACUGGAUAUCAAACUAAAAUUGAAUUGGUCACUGGUUCUGGUCAUUUAUUUACCAUCGAUGAGACUUUUAAUCAACUGAAUUUCGUGGGAAACGUUAAGGUUAAUGAUGGAGCUGGUUAUCAACAUAAAUUUUUCUGGUACCAUCUAGAAGCCAAAGAAUCAUUUUUCGUUGGUAUUGAUCAAUCUUGUUCUGCCAAAAAUUUAACUGAUAAUGUUAAAAAAUCAAUUAUCAAUGAUUGGCUAGCAUAUAGUAGAUUAUCAGAUGAAACGGACAUUUCAAAUGACCCUCAAGUCUUAGGUCCAAUGCUUUUAUUUACUUAUAUGAGAAGCAAAUUGGAUAAUCUAAGAUAUUUGGAUAAAGUUAAUCUCGAUGGUCGUCAAGUUUAUCAAUGGUUUUACUGUUUAAAAGACGACGGACCUUAUAUCGAUGUUUACUUUGACUCGAAUAAUAAUUUUCCAGUCCGUUUGGUUGCCACUUAUCCUGAUGAUCCAACCCUUACCACUACUCUAAAUGUAAUCACAUUUGAACCUUUAACUAAUCAACUUAACGAUUUGAUUACUUACCCUUAUGGUUAUGGUUGCGAACGACUCAACCCCUCGACUAUUGUGAUCCCGCAAUUUGCUCAGGCCGAUACUUUUACCUUGGACAUGGAAGCUGCUCUCUUUUUCACCCAACCUGAUCGAUCGGCCGUUACUACAGCACGAAUAGCUCGAUACCAAGGAAUCUAUUCAUAUGAUCUUAAAGAGAAUGGAUUAUCAAAGCGAAUCGUUCAUGACCCUAAACUUUUGAUUGAUUUUCAAAUUGAUCCAAUUUCGGGUUCAUGUUUUGAAGAUCAAGCUUCUAAUGGAGCGGGUUAUGGAUUCACUUACCUUCGGUGGCCUUAUGCUGAAAAUGAAGCCUACAAUCUUCUAGAUGAUUCGGUUCUUAAUUUGGAGAGUAAAAAAUUAAAUUACAUGGGACAAAUUGUCGAAGAAAAUAAACGUUUGGAUAUUUUCGAAGCAAAAUUGAACUCUUUUUUCGCUUUUCCCGAUGAUGCCAAAUUCGAUGGACUUGUGACCUACUUUUUCCCUGCCAUAUACGACAAAAGACAAUCAGUUCGCAAUCAAGCUCCAUUAAGAAUGGUAAUCAAACCUUCCCGUGAAUUGACUGAAAUUUAUGCAGUUAAAGUUGUUGAAAAAAUAGAUAUUAAAGUGAUCGAAUACCAAGAAAAAGCAAUCGAUUUCGAGGACAGAUUUGACAUCUCUGAAUGUUUCGAUAAACCUGAAGACUAUACUUGGUUUCAAAUCGUUUUCUCUGGUAAAAAAGACGACCUUGAAUCUUGGAAAGAUCAAGACGAAGUAUUAAAAUCGAUAACCAGAAAAGUUCUUUCAUUUAUUCCCGAGAUUCGAAUACCAGAUAUACAAGUUUCGUACCUUGGAAGUGUCGUUUACAUUUCGUGUAAACUAUUGGAAAGACCAAGUUAUCAAUACGAUUUCUACAAGACUCCUGGUUUCACAGUCGAGAAUCCAACCAAAAUUAUCCAGCGAGAUCACGAACAAGAUUGUGGUGAAAUUUGUUCCGAAGAUGAAUUUUGUACCAACUUUGCGUAUUGUAAUAAUCUCGAGUGUCGUUUAUUCAGUUCAACAAAGGGAACAACUUAUCCUUUCAUCGAGGAAUCAACUGAUUGUGAUGGAUUUAGUCGUAAUAAUUAUUUCGUUUCACCGAAAACUCAAGUGGAAGCGAAUUUCCUUAAAUCGUCCAAGAGUUUAAUCCAUGAGAUUAAGGCGAAAAUCUCCAAAGGAGAAUUAAAUGUAAAAGAUCCAAAUCUUUCGGCAUUAGAUUUGUUCAUUGUUUCGGGUCCAGAUGAACUUGGUGAUCCAGAUAAACUUUUCCAAGAUGACGAUGUUGGACUAACUAAUAUCGCCGAUCAUUAUCAAGUCUUUUUGUCGGGCCGUCGAUUGUCCCAAGGAAACUCGAUGCUUGGCUUAGAUUAUUCAUCUUGUUUAAACGAGUGUGACAACGAUGAUAAUUGUUUAAUUGUGUCAUUUUGUUCAUCACGAAAAGGUGAAUGUAUUUUAGGCAAUUCGACAGAAAAUAUCAACCAAGAAUCAACUUAUUCCAGUGAAGGAUGUAAUAUAUUAUCAAGAUCAUAUUCAUCUUUCUUUAAGAAACUUCCGGGUCGAAGUUUGAUCUUUGAUGCUGAGCAAACUUUGGAAAACAUUAGCGUCGAAGACUGUGCUCGAGCUUGUGUCCAAUCAUCAUCUAAAUCAUGUGAAGCAUUUGAUUACUGCCCUGAGGCUGGAAUGGUUCAGAACUCAAAAACUAAAAUCAAAGCUUGUUUCCUUCACACUUUUCAUCUUGCCAAAGACUCAGCAAGUGCCAUUGAUGGUAAAAUCUGGAAUUUCACCGAAACCCAAUGCGAUCAUUAUGCAAAAAUACUAUCAAAAGAUUACAAGCAACUUGUUGGUUACAAGUUUAAUCUUAAUGAGGAAUCAAUGAUCUUACAAACUUCCGAUGUUUCCCUUGAAAAUUGCGCUGGAAGCUGUAUAACUACUGGUAAUUGCAAAUCAUUUGAUUAUUGUGAAAAUCAAUCACAAUCAGGAAUGAUUACCUCUAAAUGUCGUCUUUCUUCAAUUAAACCUGAUGCAAAAUCAAGUAAAUCCUUAGAAAGUUCAAUAGAAAGAUGUUCAAUCUAUGUUACCACUUAUGUUGAUCCGAAUACAAUUAAUUCAUCAAAAUCUCAUUCGAAAGCUUGGCUUCUCAUUUCAUUGAGUUUCUUCACAUUUAUCAUCGCUUUCACUAUUGGUUUGGUUGCUGCUCGAUAUUAUUAUAAACGUUAAUCAAGUUUAAUUACUAUUAAUUUAUUAAUCUUCGUGUAAAAUAUUCAGAUGAAAAAGUACAACAAUCAUUGUGAUUUGAUUUGAUAGCCUAAUUAACUUAUAAAGAUCUGUAGAAAUCUUUAAUCAAUUGUAAACAUACAUUUCCGUGUUUCCUUAAUUAUCUGAUGCUUGAUUGAGAAUUGUUCAUAAUUAAUCUCAAAUUACUGUUUUUCCCUCUAAAGUGAAAGAUGAUAUUCAUCUCAUGAUAAUCCAUGUUAAAUUGUUGAUCAUUACAUGAUCAACACGGCGAUUCGCUUAAUCACAAUCAUAAUUGUAAUUAAAUUUUAUUUCCAU